AUGGGAGAGAAUCCUCCUCAACCAUUGUUAAGAGACUAUGACCACCCCAACGCAUUCCAACUUCGGAGUGGCAUACGUCUUCCCACCACAAAUGCAAACAACUUUGAACUUUCACCUCAACUCAUCCGUAUGAUUCAAAGCGAUCAAUUCGGAGGUAGUCCUCAUGAGUGUCCUUUUGCUCAUUUGGACAACUUUCUUGAGUUGUGUACAACUAUCAAGCAAAACAACAUUUCGGAAGAGUUCAUCCGUAUGCACAUGUUUCAAUUCUCCCUCCGUGAUAAAGCAAAACAUUGGUUGAGAACGGUUGAAGAGGGAUCAUUGAGUACAUGGGACGAAGUCACUAGAGCCUUUCUUGGAAAGUAUUGUCCUCCGGAAAAGACCGCCGAACUAAGAAGAAAGAUCACCAAUUUCAAUCAAGACAUUGAUGAAACAUUGAGUGAAGCUUGGGAGCGUUUCAAAGAUUACACAAGGAAAUGCCCCCACCAUGGUUUUACAUCAUGGAUCAUUGUACAAAGCUUUUAUGACGGUCUUACUCCUAUUUCAAGGGCCAACCUUGAUUCCGGGGCCGGUGGUAGCCUCAAAAAGCUAUCGGUGGACGAUGCAUACAAGAUGAUUGAAGAAGUGGCCAAGCAUUAUGCAUAUGGAGGUGAUAGAAGGCAACCUCAAACAAAGAAGGGCGGAAUUCAUGAUCUUAGUGCAAUAGAUCUUAUUGCAUCAAAGUUUGAUAUGCUAGCUCACAAGCUAGAUCAAGCCACCCUCACACCCUCAAGCUCUUCCUCGCAAGUCAUGUCUUGUGAGACUUGUGGAGGAAAUGAUCACUUGUCCUCUUAUUGCAACUCAACAAAUCAAGAGCAAGCAGCGGAAAUUGGGCAAAGGAAUGAACAAUACUCCCAAUCCCACAAUCAAAGUUGGAAGCCCCAACAUAACACGGGAUGGAAGCAAUACAACCAAGGCCCCCCACAAAAUAACUACAACCAAAAUCAAACCCAACCUCAAAACCACUACAACCAACCUCAAUCACAAAACCAACAAGCUCCAUACCGCCAUCCCAACCAAAGGGAUCAAAACCACCAAAGAUCACAAUAUAACCAACCCGCUCCUCCUCCUCCACCUCCUCAAAAGACUAGCCUUGAGUCCGUUCUUGAAACUUUCAUGACUCAACAAAUAAGGAACAAUGCGGAGAUGAAUGCAAACAUCCAACAACUCCAAGCACAUAAUAAGAUAAUGGAGGGCCAAUUGGCUCAAAUUGCACAACAAGUUGGAAGUUCAUCCUCCAAUCCUAGUGGUCACUUUCCAAGCACAACGGUAAUGAAUCCAAAAGAGCAAGCGAAAUCAAUCACCUUGAUUAUGGAAGGGGGGUAUGAAACUCCAAUUAUGAGAGAAAAUUUUGCCAAAAAGGGAGAUGAGGGAGAUAGUUGGGUAGAUGAAAGUGAGUUUGAAAAUGAAGUGAGUGAGGAGGCGAGAGGAAGGUCAAAAAUGAGUGAUGAGGGUGCCUCAAAGAGAGAUGAGGGAGAAGUGAAGAGUCAAGCUCCAUUGAGAGCAUAUGAGCCUCAUAUUCCAUUCCCUCAUAGAAUGAUAGAGAAGAUGCUAAAUGAGAAACUUUCUAAGUUCCUUGAUGAAAUGGAAGGACUUCAAUCAAACAUUCCACUUCUCCAUGCUUUGUCUCAAAUGCCUACAUACGCAAAGUUUUUGAAAAAUAUUCUUUCUAACAAGAGUAGGCUUGAGGAGAGUGAUUCUAUCUCUCUUCCAACGGAGAUAAGUGCUAUUCCUCAAAAUGAGCUUCCCGAGAAGUUUGGUGACCCCGGUAGUUUUGCUAUACCGGUUAAGGUUGGAGAUCUUGAAUUAACAAAUGCUUUGUGUGAUCUUGGGGCUAGUGUUAGCCUUAUGCCUCUCUCUAUGGCAAAAAGAUUAAAUCUUGGGGAGAUUAGCCCCACCAAAAUGUCAAUCCAACUAGCCGACCGCUCGGUUAAAGUCCCAUUGGGAGUCUUGAAGGACAUCCCAAUUCAAGUGGGGAAGGUUCUUGUGCCUUGUGAUUUUGUAAUCAUGGAGAUGGAUGAGGAUUUCAAAAUUCCUAUCAUAUUGGGUAGGCCCUUUUUGAAAACCGCGGGUGUUAAUAUUGACAUGAAACAAGGGCGACUUACCUUACAUGUUGGGCAUGAAAGAAUCUCUUUCUCAUUUCCGGAAACGUUGAAUGACCCCAUGGUUAAACAAGUUCAUCGGGUUGAUGUUUUGGUUAAAAUUUUGAAAGAAGACAUGGAGGAGUCACAAGAUGAAUCGACUCAUGCUCCGGAGGUGAAAAAGCAAGAGAGGGCCAAGAAGAAAAAGAAAAACAAGAUCAAGUUGAUAGACAAGAUGUUUGGUUGCAUUUCUAGUGAUGAUAGCAAUGUGAUUAUUUUGCCUAAGGAAAAUGGCAAGUGUGUGGGAACAAUGAGAUGGGUCAAAAAGGUGUGCCUUGACCCUCCCUAA